GACUGAACCUAUGGAUCAUGAGUCCAUAAAAGAAGAGCACACAACGAUAAAAAAAGAACCAAGAUCACCCAAAGAAGAGCCUGAUAUCAAACCACCUGUUCCCAUAGAACCAAUUGCCCAAGGAUCUGACAAAAAGAAAAAGUGCCUGUUUAAACCUGACGAGCUGAGGCAAGCCUUGAUGCCGACCUUAGAGAAAUUGUAUCGGCAAGACCCUGAAUCACUGCCAUUCCGCCAGCCCGUGGAUCCUCAGUCCCUGGGCAUCCCUGAAUAUUUUGAGAUCGUGAAGCGGCCUAUGGAUCUGUCCACAGUGAAACGCAAGUUGGACACGGGGCAGUAUUCAGACCCCUGGGAAUACGUGGACGAUGUCUGGCUUAUGUUUGACAACGCCUGGCUGUAUAACAGGAAGAGUUCUCUUGUAUAUAGGUAUUGUACAAAGUUAUCGGAAGUGUUUGAGGUGGAAAUUGACCCAGUGAUGCAACUUCUGGGUUACUGCUGUGGUCGCAAGUACACUUUCAAUCCACAAGUCCUCUGUUGUUACGGCAAGCAACUGUGCACCAUUCCUAGAGACGCAAAGUAUUACAGCUACCAAAACAGAAGCUAUGGUGUUGUGUCGGAUAGAUAUACGUUCUGUCAGAAGUGCUUCAACGACAUACCCGGUGACACAGUCACGCUUGGUGAAGACCCAACACAACCUCAAACUAUAAUAAAAAAUGAGUAUUGA